AUGGCGUCGACAAGCUUCAUCCUUUUCCUGGUGGUGAGCCACAUGACCGUGUCGUCGACCAUGUUGGUCUUGAACAAGGCUGUGUUGAAGCUGAUUCCAGCGGCGACAACUGUUCUUCUCUUCCAAGUUGGAUCUUCCGCCAUUCUCUUGUAUGGCCUCGGCAAGAUGAACGUGAUCAGGGUUGAUCCCUUCGAGCUGACGACAGCCAGAGCAUUCUUCUGGAAUGCCGUCGCUUUCAUGAUCCUCCUCUUCACCAACGCAAAGGCGCUGGAGGCUGCCAACGUCGAGGCCGUCAUUGUGUUCCGAACUCUCUCGAUCUUCGUCACGGCCUAUGGAGACUUCCGCCUGCUGCAGGCACGAGCGCUGAGCAUGGAGGCAAUCGGAGCGCUAUGUUUGGUCGUGUUGGGAGCCAUCGGGUUUGUGCUGAGUGACAAGGGUUUCGUGAUCAGCAACAUGUUUUGGGUGUUCAUCUAUGGAUGUGCAAACGCUGCUUAUCCGCUCGUCACCAAAAUGGUGAUCAGAUCGAAUGACAUGACUUCGUGGGGAAGAACUUACUACAACAACUUGAUGUAA